AUGGGUUUACUUACGAAUUCAACUACAUUAGGAUUUGAGGAAACUGAUCAAAUGGAAAUUUACGAUAUCUUCAAUGGAGAUAGAAAACUCUACAAACCUAACUUUUUAAGAAGCAUUUUGAUCGCAACAGCCUGUUUCUCCGAAUCAGUCAUCAUGGAGCAUUUCAUCAUUGGCAAAGAAUUAUCCACACAUUCUGAUAUUUCGUACAAAACUAAAUUUAAAAAGUAUAAACGUAAAUGCUUGUUCGAACCCGUUUCAGAAAAUGAAAUUGAAAAUGCCUAUACAGAAUUACUGUCAGGUCUGUCUCAAGAGUUCUGUCGUGCUUCAGCACGCUUAUCCAAAGGCGUCAUCGAAAACGGCCGAGUUCUCCUUUCACAAAUAUGUGGGAAAUAUUUUCGUAUAAUGGGUUUCUCUCUUGAUGGCUCAUCUUAUCUUCAUCCAGAAGAAGCAUUAUACCUUGCUGAAUGUAAUAAAAUCCAAGUACUUGUUAGUGGUUUACCACUGAGUAUUCAAGAACUUUACGACCAGCUUUUAAACAAUGAAACAUAUUCACACUAUCUGGCCUACUCUCGAUUAUCACGAUUGAAUUUCAGUCUUCGAAAACGAGCAAAUUUUGACUUACAACUAUAUUACCACAGUAUGACAGGUAAAUUAUUUAGAAUUCCAAAAUCAAUUGACGUUUCGAUUACGACUUAUCCACUUUUAAACCAAGAAUGUAGAAAACCUAAUAGAAAGAGAAAGUUCAAAGACUUUCAACCACUUAUUGAUCGUAAUGCAAUACAUCCUAUCACUAGUCUUAUGCAUAAUUUGCAAGAGAUUGUACAACCUGCCUGUGAUAAGUCUAUUCAAUCAACGAACGAUAUAAAUCUACUGUAUGAUAUUUAUGGAAACAAUCAUGCAGAGAAAAGACGUAUUAUUAACUUCUCUAAACGCUCCCCUCCUCAUCCUGAUUAUGUUUUAUCUGUUUUGUCACCAAAACAAAUAUACCCAGACAUGGAAUCUCAAAGCUUGAUAAAAGUUGGCCUACAGCCAGAUACAUCUGUCCUUAUAUGCAUGGCAGAUGGAUGUGAUGUUUCAUUUUAUAUGACAAACUGUUUUGUAAUUCCAGAUAUUAAUUUUCAAGUAACCCAUCAGGAAAAGAUAGCGUGGACAUAGAUUAAAUAAAGGAUUUUUCGUACACUUAGUUUUUUUCAUACAAAAAUCUCGAGUCAACCAUUUCAAAAUCCUGACGUUUUUGGUUUAACCAGUUUCACGUUCAUUUUAUCCAGUAAAUGAGCAAUGGGUUGACCUUUAGGUUCUAUUCUUACUUAGUUUUUUUCUCGCAGAACUAGUAAUCGAACCUCUCUCAAAGAAGUAAUUGAUAAACUUGACUCUUAUUGCCGUCUCAUUGAUGACAGUUUCAUUAUCGUUGAUCAGAACAUUAGAAAAAAUUUGUUAGGGCGAUUUAACAAAAUACACUCAGGAAUCAGAUUCAUGUGUGGGGGAAUUCGGUAAAAAAUUACACUUCUUUCACGUUGUGUUUAAUAGAAAAGAAAAUGUUCCUAGUUGUAUGCUAUCCUCCAUCGAGACUUGCUUUCAAGCCGUCAUCAACAUACGUAUGUACGAUAUCGAUAUCAUGGCAUUUUCUACCAUAUCGUCAGUAGCCAUCGGUAUUUUGUUAUAGGCUGCAACCAAGUCCAUUUUUGGAGUGACAGUUUCACCUUUUAUGGUAGUUGUCAAUUCGUGAAUGUGAGUCAACGAGUAACGAUCGCGAAUAUUUUUGGCAUUCAAGUGCCGAUAAGCACCGGUUUGACGCCAAUCGUUGUUGUCCUUUUUAGGGACCAUGUGCAGUGGAGAUACCGAUGGUCUCUUUGACAAUCAAAUGAUUCCUAACUCUUUUAUGUGGUUAAAUUCAUUUGUAGUCAACCCCAGCUUUUCGGGAGUCAGUCGAAAAUAUAGGUGGUCCUAUAGUGUUGGUGUUAUGUGUAACAUUACUGGUUACAUACGGCUACUUCGGUUGCAGUUGUUAUAUCCCAGAGUACUUAUCGAGUAUCCCCUAGACUAGUCAGCAUUGUGCGUCGUGGUAAUCGGUGUUCAGGCAUACGUAACACCUGGCCCAACCAU